AUGCAAAGAUGGAUCAGUGCCAUCAACGAGGAUGCGCAGGAGCAGCGUCGUCGUGACCGAUACUUCCUGCCACUGUCCGUGGCAGAAGAAAUCAUUGCAGAGCAACGGCAGCUGACAGAGGAAGAAGCAGCCGAGUCCAAGCGGCAAAAAGCAGCUGCAUCCACAAUCAGGCGUGAGCUUGCAUGUGCCCGCAUAGCAGCUGCUCUUUCUUCGACAUCUGAUUGCCUCAGCACUGGGCUUCUGCAGCUGCGCAAUUGGGUGCAGUACCAGAAGGAUCAGGAAGAAGCCGAAGCCGCUGAAGCAGCUGAAGCCGCUAGAGCCGAAUACGCAGCAGCUGAAGCUGAAGCGGCAGCAGCAGAAACGCAGCGCCUGGAGAUACUCGAGCGUUUUGCUUCCAUCCUUUGCCGCGCGCUGCAGCGCUCUAUGAUCGUUGGCCUUUCACACCUGGGUGUGUCUAAUCGCUGUUGCUACCGCUCGGUAUUGCUUUGCCGGGCGAUACAAAGGGGCCAAAGCGCCAGGGCAGCGGCAAGACAUGAGGCCCUUUCAAAGACAAUGCAGAUGCUAAAGAUGCCUCGAACUUGUGAGGCAAACUUUAGCGCUGCCAGGAACUGUCAGGAAUUGCCACGAGAUAGCAGACUGUCCAAGCGGUACAUGGGUGUUGGGAUUUCUGGUUUCAUUUUUUUCAAAUGCAUUCAUAUAGCAGUGGAUGACUGGAUUCCUGAAGUUUCGCUCUGCUUUGAUUUAGACACUUGUUGCAAGUGUGACAGGCGCAUGUCCAGACAGAUCUGCAUGUGGAGGCAUCAUUAA